AUGGCAGCCAUCCCCUCCAGCGGCUCGCUCGUGCCCACCCACAACUACUACCAGUGUCGCCUGGCUUCCACGUCCAAGAACAGCUCCUGCGGAAGGACCGAGUACCCAGGCAAAGCCACUCCCCAGCACCCUGCUGCUUCUUCAGGAAGUCCACCCUCCCGUUUAUGGCCACUGUGUUGGAGUCCCCAGAGCACUCGGAAUCCCCCCAGGCCUCCAGCAGCAUGA